AUGGUUCGACUUGGAUCUCUAGUGGCUGCAAGUCUGUUAUUGUCUCAAGAUUCAGUAGUGGCAUGGACGUUGGCAUCGACGAAGGGUGUGUCAAGAACAACUUCAACUGCACUCCAUGCUAGUCUUCAAGAGGACGAUUUUGGACAAUCCGAACCAUCACGACGAGACUACUUGAAGCAAUCUGCUGUAUUCCUAGGUGUGGCUGCUUGGAGUGUUUUGGACCAACCUGCCGAAGCCCUCGUCAAAGGAGUGGCUCCUCCCCCUCCAAGAAAGGCUUCGGGGGACACCAAACCCAAGUGCACGAAUGUGGAAGAAUGCCAAGCAAUGGCGGAAAAGAGAGAGCAAGAGUUGCGGGAAAAGGAAGAGCUAGGACCUCCACCAAAGGUUACACGCACGGGUAUCAAGUACCGCGACGUGGAAGAUGGGACUGGUGACGUCGAAGUGAAGGAUGGCGAUGAUAUCGAGAUUUACUACAAGGUUUUGAAGCUUGGAAAACGAAGUUACGAUGGUAUCAGUGGAGAGGGAACUGUCGUUUUCUCAAGGGGAUACGGUUUGGAAGAUGACGAAGACAAAGCAGGCGUCAAAUCUUUCAAGACAACCGUUGGUGCAUACUCUAACAUUGCCGCAUUGAAUGAGGCCGUUAUUGGAAUGAAGGUUGGAGGACUGCGCCGAUUUUCCAUUGUGCCACAGAAGGGAUGGGAAAAGCCAACAAAAGCUUGCGAUGGCGGACCAGGUGGAGGUGGUAACGGUGGCGACAUCCGGACGGACUAUGUGGUGGUUCCAACGGCAACAAUGGUUGAACAAGAAGCUUGUUUUGAUACUAGUAAGAAACCCUUCCCUGUAUCAUAUGCUCAGCAACGGAGAAUGGCACAACGAUUUGACCAAAGUUUGAUCAUGGAAGUACAAGUUGUCAAGGUAGACUGA